AAGCGAGCAAAACUCAUGUGCUGUUGGCUCUAAUGGAAACCGCCGGUUUAAUAAAUAACACAUACAAGGGCUAUUCUGCUAGUAUUUUUCCGAUCGUAAUCGUGUUCCUCCACAUGCAGUUUCUUGCGCGAAGACUCAAUCGUUCAGCUCGCUAAAUGAAUGUGUAGCCCUUACAUGAUCGUUACUACACUCCUCGUCGUGUGGUUAUCUUCACGUGGGCAUCGUCCGCGAUCCAAUGAUGAGGACCUCCCUUCUGUUCGUCAGCAGAAGCUGUCAGGCUGUUCACAGGCUGCAACCAAACACUUUUUUCUCACCAAUGUCAGCUCUAUCGAGGCACCAGAGGAUCACUGUGUUGAGAAACUCCAGCACCCAUUCCUGCGAAGCCGACAGGAGUUACUACAUCACCACUCCCAUCUUCUACGUCAACGCGUCUCCACAUUUAGGACACCUGUAUUCAGCUGUGACAGCGGACUGCGUGCACAGGUAUAAGCUUCUUCAGGGCUUCAACUCAAAGUUUACAACAGGCACAGACGAGCAUGGCUUGAAAAUCCAACAAGCUGCUGAGGCUGCCGGAAAAGAUCCCUUGACCUUCUGCACAGAUGUGUCCGAGAGAUUCAAACAUCUCUUCAACAGCUGCAACAUAUCUUACACAGACUACAUAAGAACCAGCGAGCAGAGGCACCAGCAGGCCGUAAAGCAUUUCUGGUCGGUGCUCUGUGACAAAGGGCUCAUUUAUAAGGGGAGUUAUGAAGGCUGGUACUCCACCCAAGAUGAAAGCUUCCUCACGGCGUUGCAGGUGGAAAAUGCUUUGGACUCAUCAGGGAAGGAGAUCAAAGUAUCACUGGAGAGUGGCCACAAGGUGGAGUGGAUGAAAGAGGAGAACUACAUGUUCCGUCUGUCUGCAUUUCGGUCUCAGCUGCUCGACUGGCUCAGAGGGAAUCCCCGGGCCGUUCAGCCGGAGCCUUUCUAUCAUGCUGUCCUCCGGUGGCUGCAGGAGGACCUUCCUGACCUCUCGGUCUCCCGCCAGAGAAGCCGCCUUCAGUGGGGCAUCCCGGUCCCGGGUGAUGCUGAACAAACCAUCUAUGUGUGGUUGGAUGCACUGGUGAACUACCUCACAGUAGCUGGCUAUCCAGACAAACACGACCAAUGGUGGAACGUGGUGCACCACGUUGUCGGAAAGGACAUCUUAAAAUUUCAUGCCAUCUACUGGCCAGCUUUUCUUCUCGGGGCUGGACUGCCACUGCCACAGGUGAUAUAUGUGCACUCUCACUGGACAGUAGGGGGAAAGAAGAUGUCCAAAAGUGUGGGUAAUGUGGUGGAUCCUCUUGAACGCUCGCAGAUGUUCACGACUGAUGGUAUGAGGUACUUUCUUCUGCGUCAGGGAGUCCCGGAAUCAGACUGUGAUUACACAGACAACAAAGUUAUCAAGCUGCUCAACGCAGAGCUCGCUGACUCUCUGGGUGGUCUUCUGAACCGCUGCACAGCUCCAGCUCUUAAUCCGGCUCAGGUCUACCCUUUUUUCUGCCCUCAAUCCUUCCCAAGAGAACAGGAAGGCCGGGCCGUGGUUGAGGACUACAACAUGUUGGAUGCUGUCAGAAGCCUCCCGGCCGUGGUGGAGCUGCACUACGAGAGCAUGCAUGCAUACAAAGCUCUGGAGGCCAUCGCCGCCUGCGUGAGGAAGACCAACGGGUUUGUUCAGCGCCACGCCCCUUGGAAGCUGGAUAGGAGGGACAGUGAAGACCAGCGCUGGCUAGACACCAUCAUCCAUGUCUCGCUCGAAUGCCUGAGGACUUAUGGCACACUCCUCCAGCCAAUAGUGCCAGGGAUUUCUAACAAGCUGCUGUCCAGACUUGGGGUGCGGCCAGGCGAGAGGAGAUGGGCCGAUGUGAACUUCCUGCCGAGGUAUCAGGGAAUGGACUGUCCCUUUGAAGGGAGGGCGCUAGGAUCGGACUGUGGGGUGCUUUUUAGGCGCUUGGAAAGUCCGAAUUUAGAUAAACAAAAACCUAAGAAGACAAAGACCAAAAUCUCGAAAUGAGGGAAAUGUUCCGUUUCCCCAGAUUCAAUAAAGAAAUAAAACUC